GUCAGUCAGUUGUGUGUGUGGUGAUUGUAUGGAGUGAGGGGAAAAAGGGUAGCAGAAAUGGCCCUCCAAAGAACUUCUUUAUCCCGUAGAGGCUCGAAGAACGAUUCUUCCAAAGACGAAGAAGAAAUAGAUAAUAACGGUUAUAUACAAGUGUUAGUAAAACCGCUAGAAAGGGGUAAUUUGUGCAGUUUAAUCGCUAACUGGAUCGGAUUGAAUGAUUCCAAUGUGUCAGAAAAUGUUGGUGUUUUCUAUGGAAUGGCUUUCCUCGGACUAAGUUUCGUUAUUUAUCAGUUAUGUGACAUGGGGCUGUUUUUCCAGCGGCUGUGUUCAAUAUUCGUACCUAUGUUUACUGUUGUGUGUGCAUUUUACUGGGUAUCACUGUACCUCAGAAAAACGUGGAGUACCACUAGUGUUUAUCUUUUAUUUUGUGCAUGCAUGGUGGGUGAGACUUUCGCUCAGCUUACAUUUGGACAGUGGCGGAAUGAUCCGAGCACUGACCAAGAUGGAGGCUACCUCAGCCGUCCCGCGAUAUUAUUUAGUGUUUUACUAUCAGUUUGUACAGCGAGCAUAUUUUCUUCUUUAGAAACAACAAACAGCGCAAUUGUGAUUUCUUUAGUUAGCUUUUCGCGUUUUUUAAUGUGUUCCUCAGUUGGUAUAAUUCCUUUUGGAUUAAGACCAUAUAUAGCAUAUAUCUGUGGUCUAGUGGGAUAUAUUGUCUCAAAAUAUAUGGAAAUGGUCCUGAAACCUGCAAUCAACAACUUCAUGACACAUGACGGCAAGAUCCCUGUUAUUAAACGGCGUCGGUCCAGUUCGUCGACCACCCAUGCGUUUUCUGCACAUAGAUCCACAAGACGAACAUCAUUACCAGCAUUAAUACCAAAGAAUCAGAGUUCCUCAUCCAGUUAUGACACCGCGAUAAUCGGAGAGGCCCAUGGGCUCAUAACCGACAUGUUGGCUGACGCGAACCUUCCGCCACAUGUUGUCAGUGGUCUAAGAGCUGUCAGUAAUUUACUCAAACCUGCUGAACACCAUUCUUCCAUGCACAAAACCAGAGUUAGCCCCCUUGUCUCGCUCACAGAGUCUACAUCAUACGGCUCGGACUCUGAGGAAAAUCCCUACACCGGGGAGCGUCCCUCAUCACUACCAAAGAGAUUACGUCGUAGUUUACCUCCAAGUUUACUCCGGAGAAUGUCUACAAGUACUUGGACAACCACCACAUCGGCAACGGGAAUGCCGACAUUAGAACUGGAGCCAUGUCGUGUAAGAAGUUCAAGUUUCAGGCAUUCCCGAGAUACAACACCUGGUUCCAGUCCUGUUGAGAGCCGGAGCAAUAGCCCUUCACCGAGUUCUCCGACAGUUGUUCUUACCAUACCAAAAUCACGUUCUUUUUCAUUGGCAGCUUCACAACCUUCCACUUCCUCCGCAAACUCACACCUCAAAAGACUGACGAGAAAAAGUGUUACUCCGUUAUCAAAUACAGAUGGCGCUACGUCAUUGAACAGUAAAAUAAGUCCACUCGUUAAAUCAGAAAUACAAGACUCUAAUGAAGAGCGCAUGAGAAUAACUGCUCACAAUAAAGAGCAUUUAACUUCCAUUCGUAAAAAUAUUACGUCAGACUAUGAAAGUUGUAAUGAAUCGCCCAGUUCGAGCGAUCAUAGUGAUAAUAUACCUACAGUUGACGAAUUUUCAGCAUCUCCUCCAAAGAAAGUAUCGACUAGAAUAGUAGACAGUUCCGCACAAAUAGCCCGGGUGAGUGCUGCUGCACGAGAUUUUGUGCCAAUAAGUGAUCCUCCUUCUUCCCCCUGUGAUGUUGAUGAUUUACAUCCUGUUCAUGAUUUUCGUGUUCAUCAAACCGACGACGAGAGUCGAGAAGGCGCUGCUGAUGAUGAGGAUGAUGGCGACGACGAUGACGACAAAUCAACGUCACAACUUCCCGCGCAGCUUUCGUCAUCACAAACUGAUAGAUAUUCUAAUAAAAUUUUGUCUCAAAAACUAACGGAGCCUAGUGACUCAGUAGUGGCUGAAGAUUCCUCGGAUAAACUUGUUGUGGAUAUUUCGGAUAUAGAUAGUUGUAAAUAUCUUCAAAUAGCAACUCUAAAUGACUGGGAUUAUCCUAUAUUUGAAGCGUCCAGCUUGCACAGUAAUUGUAUACUCAGCAAGGUUGCAUAUAAGUUAUUUAUGGAGGUAGGGUUGUUUGAAACAUUCCGGAUACCAGUGGCUGCUUUCAUGAACUACUUCCACGCAUUAGAACUUGGAUAUAGAGACAAGCCAUAUCACAAUCGGGUACAUGCGACAGAUGUGUUACAUGGCGUGUAUUAUAUAACCACCCAGCCAAUUCCUGGCUUUACGCAGGUCACCACUACAGACAUAUUUCCGAGGCAGGGCUCGUCAAGUGAUUCAGAAGGAGACAGUGAAAGGUCACCACCAUCUUACAGAGCAAACAGUUUUGCAGCAGACGACAGUUACGGUAUUAUGGGUGGGAACUUCCCACCACUAGAAUUGAUGGCGAUGUUUACUGCUGCCGCCAUGCAUGACUAUGAUCAUCCAGGUCGUACAAAUGCAUUCCUAGUUGCCACACACGCACCUCAGGCUGUAUUAUACAAUGAUCGCUCAGUUCUGGAGAACCAUCAUGCCGCUGCAGCCUGGAACCUUUUCCUGUCUAGCACCGACUUUAACUUCCUGUCCGGUCUCGAUCAGGCCGAGUUUAAGAGGUUUCGUUACCUUGUUAUUGAAGCUAUCCUCGCCACCGAUCUGAAACGCCAUUUUGAAAUAUUAGCAGAAUUUAAUGCCAAAGUUAAUGAUGAUCAUGCUGUAGGUAUAGACUGGACGGUGGAAACCGAUAGACUCCAGGUCGCACAGAUGGUGAUCAAACUCGCUGAUAUAAAUGGUCCAGCUAAAAUUAAAGAUCUACAUACAUCUUGGACUUACAGAAUAGCAGAAGAAUUCUACGAACAGGGUGAUGAAGAGUCUAGAUUAGGAAUGCCAAUAUCUCCUUAUAUGGAUAGAAGAAAUCCACAGUUACCCAAACUACAGGAAACGUUCAUCAACCACCUGGUGGCGCCACUGUGUAACUCACUGGUUACUGCUGGUCUACUGCCAGGAACCUGGGUCGACGAGGACAGUGACAAUGAAGGUGAUUCGGACACAGAAAAAGGUGAAAAUAUUAAAGACACUGAAGAUGAAGCAGAGACAGAUACUGAAUGUGGAACCUUAAUGAACAAACCAGUGAAAAAAGCGAGAACGAUAAAUUGUUUAUUGACAAAGAAUAUGAAAGAUAAUCAUGAAAUGUGGGUGGCCAAAAUACAAGAGGAGGAACAGCAGAAAGCUCUGUCAGAAAAACUAGAGACUAUACAGCAGGAGUCGGUGUGCCAUGAAAAAUCUGAGAUGGAACCAAUUAAGGAAGAAUCAGAGUCUCCUAAUUCCAUGUCUCCAACAUCUCGUAUCCCAGAAUCCUCGGCAGAAGAUUCUAGAUCUGGUAUCCCAGAAUCCUCCACUGAGGUAAAGACAGAACCAGCAGACGACAUUGAAAGUCAGCCAGGGGAUAAAACGUGAAUAGUUCGAUGUAAUUAGGGAAUGUGCGAAAGUGCUAAAAACUGUUGAUUUCAAUCUUUCUGUAGCAUUAGUAGGUAGUAGUUAUUUAUAUUCUUGUUAAAGAUGGACAUGAGUGUUCAUACAUGUACAUAUAUAUUCUGUUAAACUAUUGACAAAAAGGACAAAUCUUAACAAAAUCCACGAAUGUGAUAAUACUCCCUUAUUCCAGAGUGGAAUCAGGAAUGGACUCUUCUAAAUGAAGAUACAAA